AUGGGUUCUCUCACUUCUCAGGACCGUAUCUCAUUCGAUGCAUUCUCGAAUAUCAUCGAUGGCACUUUGCGUUCCUCCAAGCAGAUGUAUAACAGUGUCGAUCCUAACACUAGAUGUCCCAAUUGGGAUGUUCCGGUCGCUUCCCGAAAAGAUCUCGAUGAUGCAGUCCUUGCUGCGCAAAGAGCAUAUGAAGGUUGGAGAUGGACGUCCUGGGAAUAUCGCUGUGAACGUAUCGAGCAGUUUAAGGAAGCGCUCAAGGCUUACGAGGAUGACUUGAUCGAACUAUUGGUCAGGGAGACUGGGAAGCCACGGCGAUUCGCAAAAGUCGAAAUCAGUGGCACAUACGGUCAUUUGGAUUGGCAUAUCAAUCUUCCGCAGCCAAGAGGAGAGGAGCUAUGGCUCCCUACACGACACGUUAGGCACGUGUACGUGCCCUUGGGCGUGGCAGUAGCCAUCUGUCCUUGGAAUUUUCCAUUCAAGCUGAGCAUAGCCAAACUCCUGCCAGCUGUCCAGACGGGCAACGCUGUCAUCAUCAAGCCAAGUCCAUUCACUCCGUAUACGGCACUUAAGGUUGUGGAGAUCGCACAACAGAUCUUUCCACCAGGGCUGAUACAGGCGCUUGGUGGAGAUGACACCCUAGGACCGGCCUUGGUCGAGCACCCGGGUGUACACAAGAUCAGCUUUACAGGGUCAACCGGCGUGGGCAAGAGUAUCAUGGCUGCAGCGGCCAAGACACUCAAAAGGCUGCGCCAAUGGUUGCCAUGGGCGCAUUUUAUAACACUGGCCAGGUUUGCGUCGCUCGAGCGAAUCUACGUGCAUGCCGCCGUGUACGAUGACUUCCUGUGCGCUUUUGUUGCUGCUGUCAAAGCCUUGAAAGUCGGUCAUUCGGAUGAAGAGGGAGUUAUGCUAGGUCCUGUUCAAAAUCAGAAGCAAUACGACCGGGUGAAGGAUUUCUUCCGCGACUCCAAAGACAACGGUCACCUGUUCGCUCUCGGCAAUGUCAGUGAUGGAGAUGUCGAAAGCUUGUUUAUCGACCCAGCCAUUAUCAGCGAGCCUCCGGAACACAGCAUGAUCGUCCAAGAGGAGCAGUUUGGACCGAUCGUGCCGGUUCAGAGAUAUGACAACGUUGACGAGGUCAUAAGGCGGGCGAAUGCCUCCUCGGCUGGACUGGGAGCGACGGUGUUUGGGACCAACUCGACCCUCUUGCAAGAAGUCGCCGAGAGAUUGGACAGUGGUAAUGUAUGGAUUAAUAGUUCCCCGAUGGUCACGGCGGAGGCACAAUUCGGGGGCGUGAAGGAGAGUGGCAUCGGGACCGAAUUUGGCUCUCUGGGGAUUCUCGCGUAUACCAGCAUUAAGGCCAUCUCUACAGCGAGAUGA